CAGCAGCAGCACAGAUGUCAGUAGUGGGACGUGCUUAGAAACGGUGCGGGCUUGGCGCAGUGGAAAUUAUAGGCGACUGCUAUCACCAAGUCGGCCAUCUGUGCACUGGGCUACUAUCUUCGUGUUUCGAAUUUCAAAAACACAGUCGACAAUAGGGAUUUUUAUCGAAUUGUAUCGAUAUUUAUUUAAUUGUUUAAUAGAUAGCACAAUGAACAAUAUCAACGUGAAGAAGUUAAAGGUAAACGAGUUGAAGGACGAGUUGAAGAAGAGGCUGCUGUCGGACAAGGGGCUGAAGGCGGAUCUUAUGGACCGGCUGCAGGCCGCGCUGAAUGAAGAGGCUCUAGCCAGAGGAGCUGAGGCCGGGGAGAACGGCGGCCAAGGCGAAGGGGCUGUCGGCCUGAAUGACAUGGGCGAGGAGGACUUGGAUGAAGACCUGGUUGAGGAGAGGAUGGAGGCGGGCGGAGUAGAGGAUGAAGAUAGGUGCGAAGGGAAAGCAGAGAAAGAAUGCGCCAAUAUCGACGAUAAUAUGGGGGAAGAGGAGGAUGCGGGAGUAGAUAUGGAUAAAUCGGACGAGGAUGAAGAUGAAGAUGCUCUACUGAAAGAAGAAGAUGAGGAUGAUGAGGAGAUGGAUAAAUUCGAUGAUGAUGAUGCUGUACUAGGGACUCUCCCUCGAGAGGGGGAUGCGGACAAAGACACGAGCGCUGAGCAGAAGAAUAAGAAGGGUGUUAAGAGACGCCGGGAGGAACAUGGAAGGGGCUACUUUGAGUUUAUUGAAGAAAGCAAGUACAGCCGGGCCAAGUCCCCCCAGCCCCCCCUGGAGGAAGAGGACGAGGAGUUUGACGACAGCACUGUCUGCCUGGACACCUAUAACAGUGACCUGCACUUCAAGGUGUCCCGGGACCGUUACAGCGCGUCAUCACUCACCAUGGAGAGCUUUGCCUACCUGUGGGCUGGAGGCAGGGCUUCCUACGGAGUAGCUCAGGGCAAGGCCUGCUUCGAGAUGAAGAUCAUUGAGAAGAUCCCAGUGAAACAUAUCUCCAGUAAAGGCAUGGACAUCCAUGAGGUUCUGGUGGGCUGGUCACUAGCCAAUGGAACACUGUUACUGGGAGAAGAGGAACACUCGUAUGCCUUCUCUGCCAAAGGGAAGAAAACCACCAACUGUGUCACAGAAGACUUCGGAGAGUGCUUCGACGAAAACGAUGUCGUCGGAUGCCUAAUCAACUUUGAAGGCUCGGAGGUGGAGCUGUCGUUCAGUAAGAACGGUAAGGACCUAGGCGUGGCCUUCAAGGUGGACAAGGCAUCUCUGGACGGACGGCCACUCUUCCCUCACGUCCUCUGUCACAACUGUGCUGUAGACUUCAACUUCGGCCAGAGGGAGGCGCCACUGUUCGUCCCACCGGCCGGCUACAGCUUCCUACAGCAGGUCCCUGUGAGCAAGAGGGUCCGAGGCCCCAAGGGGCCCGACACCAAGGAUGACUGUGAGGUGAUCGUGAUGGUAGGCCUGCCUGGCGCUGGGAAGACGGCGUGGGUAACCAAGCACACUCAGGAGCACCCUGGGAAAUACAACAUCCUGGGAACCAACACCAUCCUGGAGAAGAUGAUGAUCGCCAGUCUGAAACGCCAAAUGAAGGACGUCACCAAACUCACCGCCAUCUCCCAGCGUGCACCUCUUUUCCUGGGAAAAUUCAUUGAGAUCGCUGCACGCAAAAAACGCAACUACAUCCUUGACCAGACCAAUGUGUCGGCCCCGGCCCAGAGGAGGAAGAUGUGUCUGUUUGCAGGCUUCCAGAGGAAGGCCGUGGUGGUGUGUCCUACUGACGACGACUACAAGCAGAGGACACAGAAGAAAGCCGAGACGGACGGUAAAGACGUCCCCGAGCACGCCGUACUCAAGAUGAAAGGUAUCUACACCCUGCCGGAGCCAGGGGAUUGCUUCAGUGAGGUGGACUUCGUGGAGCUGCAGAAGGAUGAGGCCUCCAAGCUGCUGGACUUGUACAAGGAGGAGAGUCGCUCCGCCCUGCCCCCAGAGAAGAAGGCCAACCAGGGGGGCACGCCGCCCAAGAGAGGGGGCAACCACCGCGGCCGUGGGGGCAGAGGGCAGGGGCAGUGGGGAGGAGGUCAGGGGCAGCGGGGGGGCAGAGGAGGCUUCCAGAUCAGAGGCAACUUCAGGGGAGGCCCAGGACCUCGUGGUGGAUUCAGUCGUCCCCCCAGAGGUUUCCUCCCUCCUCCGCCCUUCCGAGGGGGCUUCUCCAACCGGGGUAACUUCAACAGGGGGAGCGGGGGCAUGCCCAGCAGGGGGGGUGCACCCAGGGGGGGUCCUGGAAGGGGCAACAUGGGGAACAUGGGGGGUAAUAGGGGAGGCAAUAUGCACCGAGGCAGCAUGACCCGCGGAGGAGGUGGAGGUGGAAGAGGACGUGGGGACAACAGGGGCAAUUUCACACAGAAGUUCAGAGGCAGAGGAGGCAACAAUCGCAGCUUCAACAAGAACAGCAACUUUGGCAUGAACAAGGCCCAGGCCUUCAACCAGAGCUGGCAGCAGGGGUUCUGGAACCAGAAGCCAUGGAGCCAACAGUACCACCCAGGAUACUACUGAGCAUGUGCGGUAGAGAGACUGACUGACAGCACACAGACACACCCCCUCACUACAAACCCCGUCCACCCCGGCGCAUAGGCGUCAACUCCCAUUACGCUCCAUUUUACCUUCUCCCCCUCCUCCUUUUUCCUCUCCUCUUCCUUCGUUUUAGGAAGAAAGAGCAUUCCACUGCUGAGAUGGACUGCCGGAUCUGAGACAAAGACAACAAACGCUUUCUGGGCUCCUUUACUUUCUGCGUUUUGAUUUUGUAUAUUUGUAUUGCUUUUACGUUUCAGAGCCGGAGCUCUCAAGCAUUCGCCUUCAGAAACUUUGGCUUUCAUCCAGCAUGUGAUGUCUCUUAAAAAACUUUUCAGGGUUCUGUGUUUUUAUCUGUAAAGAUGUACUUUUUACUACAACGAUCAUGAUGAUGAUGAUAGAUAUUUCUUUCCGAUUUUUUGCUUUAUAUUAUGUUGUUUUAUGUUUUUAAGAAUCAGGAGAGGCUAGCACUCACUUUAGACACAUAGCAUUUGUGAGGUGUCGUAAUUCUAGUCCUGCUGCAAAUACGUUUGUUUCUAGUAAGUAAAGUGAAGUUUAAGCUGUAAUAAAAAAAAUGAUAUGCUUAAAAAUAUAUAUAUAAGUGUAAUUUAACUAACAGACAGCCCACAUAAACACAGGAAUGGCUCUCGAUGGUGCAUCUUACUUGGUAUGCGAAUCCAUAUUUUUCAAUGUCAAAGGUGUUAGAAAAGCCUUUGAUAUGAGAAGCACCGUCUCAGAUAGAGUAGCUGUCUUGUUAAAAUGAAUAAAAUGUCUUGCUAUAUCCUGCAUCAGUUGCUCAUACAUCCAAUCUAAAGACCAAGGCCAUCCUUCAGUAAGACACUCCUUUAUCUAUCUUAAGUGGUCACUUACUCAGUACUCCGUACCAGAGCAGAUGGGCCAUUCCAUGGGGCACGUUCAGUAGAGCACAAAGUUAUCUAACAUUCAGAUCAGGGAUGGGCAACUGAAGGCCCUCGGACCAAUUUCAGAAUUUGGUUGUUGAUCAGCAGUUUAUUGUUUGUAAUGUCAGUCGCUGAUAGUCACUCAAUUAGCCCAUGUCAGCUAAAAUGUUUUAGAUUGGUAAAUUAGUCUAGCGGCCAGCUGUCUAAAAUGUAAUCAUGGUUGAAUUACCUCCCGGAGGGCCCCCGUGGAUUUUGUUAGUCAGUCUCACUCAGAUAUCAUAUUAAAAACAGCAAAUUUUCCUCUCUGCCCCAUGGCAAAAUGAAUAGAAUGGCAUGAAAUCAGUUAUAAAAUUGCAAAAUGUUCUCUACACCCCAUGGCUAAAUGUGUAGAAUGGCACAAAAUUAGGAUCACUCUAGGAUAGAACUGUCCUGAAUAGAGCUGACAUGAUUCCUUACACUACGUGUCCGAGAGGCAGGUUUGUUCUACGCAGCAUUUUUUUAUAUCCGAUGGGGGUGGGGGUCACAAAAAAGCUGAACUCAGCAUGAGGGGCCGCAGUCGCGCCACAGUUCCAUUCAAGAAGUAAAACAAAAACCACAGUUUUACAUCAAUGUGGUUCUCUCCAAUAAACAAUUCUUGGAAAAAUGGGUUUUAACUGCCAACAUUAAACAUUUCUUUAUUGGACUUACAUGAUCAACCUGGUCCUUAGCAGGUUUGUCUGAGUGAACCCAGCUCAAAUCGCUUAAAGAUACUACACAGCAAUGUAAAAACAUUACUGUGUAGAAUAAACCUACCUUUCAGACACUUAAAGUAAGGAAUAAUGUCCGCUCCAUUCAUGAGUUCUAUCUGCAACGUUCAGUAUAUUGCAUCCUCCUGAACAUGACCCUGUUUUCAACACCAGUGAUAGCCUACUGUUAGCAAUAGAACUAGGAGUUCUCACCACCACUGAUAGCCUACUGUUAGCAAUAGAACUAGGAGUUCUCACCACCACUGAUAUCCUACUGUUAGCAAUAGAACUAGGAGUUCUCACCACCACUGAUAGCCUACUGUUAGCAAUAGAACUAGGAGUUCUCACCACCACUGAUAGCCUACUGUUAGCAAUAGAACUAGGAGUUCUCACCACCACUGAUAGCCUACUGUUAGCAAUAGAACUAGGAGUUCUCACCACCACUGAUAGCCUACUGUUAGCAAUAGAACUAGGAGUUCUCGUUCAACACCUCUGAUAGCCUACUGUUAGCAAUAGAACUAGAAGUUCUCCUCACCACCACUGAUAACCUACUGUUAGCAAUAGAACUAGAAGUUCUCCUCACCACCACUGAUAACCUACUGUUAGCAAUAGAACUAGAAGUUCUCCUCACCACCACUGAUAACCUACUGUUAGCAAUAGAACUAGAAGUUCUCCUCACCACCACUGAUAACCUACUGUUAGCAAUAGAACUAGGAAUUUGGCGCUAAAGGCUCAAAUUCCUUUGGUAAGGCCUGGAAGGACCCAUAUUGACAGUGACACAGUCCAACAAAUAGACAUGAUUUUAUUCUACAGUACCAUGCUUUAAAGUGCUUAAGAUUCCAUAGUAAUGAAAUUUAAGUAACGAUUUAAGGCCUUUAGCUGUUUAUUGUAAAUACUUUUGAAAUUAAUUUGAUUGUAGAACUGUUAUAAAAGGUAGUCGUUUUUUUGUGGAUUUUUGUUGGUUUUAUUUUUUGAACUGUCAAGGUGCAUACUUUCAUUUACAUUUUGAAAUCAAAUUGUCUUGAAUCAGUGCUUUGUGUGAGUUCCACUGGAAUAUUUAAGCUGGGCUCAUUCAGACGAAGCUGCUAAGGACCAGAUUGAUCAUGUAAGUCCAGGAGUGAAAUGUUUCAAUAGGGGAGCACCCUGUGUAUGUUGUGUGUGUGUUUACAGUUUGUCUAAUAAUUGCAUAUUGGAGAGAACCACAAUGGUAUAUAACUGUUGUUUUUGUUGUAUUUAUUGAAUUGAACUGUAGAUUAGGCCUAAAUGUAUUUUGGGACCAACACAGUGGAAUAACCCUGACUUCUCAGAGAAGCAUUUAAAUAGUAAAUUUAAAUGUUACUACUGUCUACGGUUUCAACAGUCAUGUGGUACAUAGCCUAGAGUGGGGUGGUGUGUUGAAAGAGUUAUUAUUGUCAACUCUCAUAUUUUUACUCUGUGUAUAAGCAGUAUAAACCGACUGACAAGGCUCAUUAUUGAAGGUGCCUUCAAAAGAAAUUGUUACACCUGGACUUAUUCCACAUUUUGUUGUGUUACCGCCUGAAUUCAAAAUGGAUUAAAUCAUUUUUUAAGCUCACCCAUCUACACACAAUACCCCAUAAUGACAAAGUGAAAACAUGUUUUUAGAAAUGUUUGCAAAUGUAUUGAAAAUGAAAUACAGAAAAAUCGCAUUUAGAUAAGUAUUCACACCCCUGAGUCAAUACUUUGUAGAAGUACCUUUGGCAGUGAUUACAGCUGUGAGUCUUUCUAGGUAAGUCUCUAACGGCUUUCCACACCUGGUUGAGCAACAUUUUUAUUUAUUUAUUUUAUGUAACUUUUAUUUAACUAGGCAAGUCAGUUAAGAAGAACAUCUUAUUUACAAUGACGGCUUAGCCCCCGGGCCAAACCCUAACCCGGACAACGCUGGGCCAAUUGUGCGCCGCCCUAUGGGACUCCCAAUCACGGCCGGUUGUAAUACAGCCUGGAAUCAAACCAGGGUCUGUAGUGAUGCCUCUAGCACUGAGAUGCAGUGCCUUAGACCGCUACACCACUUGGGGGCCCCAUUUGCCCAUUAUUCUUUUCAAAAUUCUUCAAGCUUUGUCAAAUUGGUUGUUGAUCAUUGCUAGAUAACCAUUUUCAGAUCUUGCCAUAUAUUUUCAAGUAAAUUUAAGUCAAAACUGCAACUUGGCCACUCAGGAACAUUCACUGUCUUCUUGGUAAGUAACUUCAGUGUAGAUUUGGCCUUGUAUUUUAGGUUAUUGUGCUGCUGAAAGGUGAAUUAAUCUUCCAGUGUCUGGUGGAAAGCAGACUGAAGCAGGUUUUCCUCUAGGACUUUACCUGUGCUUAGCUACAUUCUGUUUAUUUUUUUUACCCUGAAAAACUCCCCAGUCCUUAAUGAUUACAAGCAUACCCUUAACAUGAUGCAGCCACCACUAUGCUUGAAAAUAUGAAGAGUGGUAAACACUUUGUAUUCAGGACAAACAUAACACUUUGUAUUCAGGACAAAUAAAGUGAAUUGCUUUGCCACAUUUUUUGCAGUAUUACUUUAGUGCCUUGUUGCAAAGAGGAUGCAUUUAAAUAAAUAAAAAAUCUGUUCAGGCUUCCUUCUUUUCACACUCUCAAUUAGGUUAGUUUUGUGGAGUAACUACAAUGUUGUUGAUCCAUCCUCAGUUUUCUCUUAUCACAGCCAUUAAACUCUAACUGUUUUAAAGUUCC